AUGGUGGUGGAAAUUGCAGUUAAUUUGGCUGUUGCACUUGCUAACAAAUGUCAGCUGAAGGUGGGAUUGCUUGAUGCUGAUGUAUAUGGACCAUCUGUUCCAACCAUGAUGAACAUCCAUAAAAAGCCUGAAGCAAAUAAAGAUCUGAAGAUGAUUCCAGUUGAAAGCUAUGGAGUUAAGUGUAUGUCAAUAGGACUCCUUAUUCAGAAGGAUGCACCCGUUGUGUGGAGAGGUCCUAUGGUAAUGAAGGCUCUUCAUUCGUUGUCAAGGGGAGUUGAUUGGGGAAAUCUCGAUAUUCUUAUAGUGGAUAUGCCUCCAGGAACUGGUGAUACUCAGAUAACCAUAUCCCAGAAUUUGCAGUUGUCAGGUGCAUUGAUUGUGUCAACGCCACAAGAUGUUGCGCUGAUGGAUGCCCGUAGAGGAGUUGCCAUGUUCUCAAAAGUUAAAAUCCCUAUUUUGGGACUUGUGGAGAACAUGAGCUGCUUCAACUGUCCACAUUGUGGUGAACCUUCAUUUAUUUUCGGGAAAGGGGGAGCUCGGAGAACAGCUGCUGAGAUGGAUUUGACCUUAGUUGGUGAAGUACCAUUGGAAGUUGAUGUCAGAACAGGUUGCGAUGAAGGUGUUCCAAUUGUAGUAUCAGCUCCCGACUCUUUAGUAUCCAAAGCCUACAGUGAUAUGGCUCAAAAAGUCAUCGACAGACUUGACAAAUUACGAUAGUAUCCAGAGAAUGAAAAAUUACUUUGACUGCAGUAGUGCUGCAGCUUCUGAUCUUGCAAGGCAUUGAAGUGAACUCGGUGAGCAGGCCAGUAAGGUUGAUUUCAUUUGUGACUCAUCUCUGCUAGUGAGGCUAACACUGGAAGAGGUUUUUCUUUUAUCGAAAAUUUUGUUUUUAUUCAGAUAUGUUCACUGGCAGCAGUAACUAUUGAGUUGUCUAGGAGUAUUAAUAAAUUGGAAAUUCAAA